UCCAUAGUCCCCGCAUACUCUUUCUCUCUCUCUUCUGCUUGAAACCUGCACUGCUGUUAGAUUUUCCUUUUUCCUCUGUUUCUUACUCUGCUUCUAAACAAAGCCAGCUUGUCUGAAGACAGUCUAAAACCAUGGGAGAUACCAAGACAUCAGGAGAGAAACCAGCAGUGAGAAUUCCUCCACCCAGGGGUGGAGUUAAAGUUAGGAUGUUUAAAGAGCUGGGAAAGAAAGUAAAGACUGUGGUGUCUAUAGCCAAAAGACAGGGGAAAAAAGAAGAUGGUGAGUCUGGUGACGGCGCCGCCAACACAAGUUCUUACUCUUCAGAUGGCAAUUCAGAUUCUUGAGGCCGACGUUCAAAUCAAUCAAUAUGUUCUCUUAAGUUUUCCUCUCCUUCCUUUCCCAAGUACUAUAUAUGUGAUGGAGAGUGGUCUCUAUCUGAAUCUGUGUCUGUAUCUGUCUCUUUUAUUGUUUAUGUCAGCGUUUAAUCUGCAGAGAAGAUAAAGAUGUCCGAUUUUAUUGAGAAUUUUUUUUGGGGUUAUUUGGCUUGUUGGGUUCAGCUCUGCUUCUAUCAAACUGGAUAAAUUAGUAAAAAUAUAAAAUCCUUUGUGCAUCUAAAACAUGUUUUUGGAAUCUAUACCUCUCGCAAGCCAUCCGAUCCUGUGAGUAGAAGCUUGGUUAACAAGAUAAUGAAAGGCAAAAAUUUGGAUUCAUAGCCAAUCUGAUGAUGGGGAAUCAUUAGGUGAUUAUUUUCUAUAAUCCCAAUUCAAUGAAUGUGUUUUGUGUUCUGAACAUUAAAUCCUUGGUAAUAAAGUAGACAGACUUGC